UGGGAAAGUGCCGUCUGAGCCUCACACUUUCUCCGGGUUCUCUAACUUUCAAUUCCUGGGAGUAGGAAUACAAUCUUAGUACAGGGACCAAGAAGGGCUGCGUGCUUGCAGAGACUGCGUGCAGGCGGACUUCCCGCCAGCGCCAAGCGACCCGCCUUUCAGGCCAAGCGGGGAGCGGGCAGACGGGUGGGCAGGUGGCCUCGGGCCGCCGCACCCGCGCUUUGGCUCUGCCCCCUGGAGCCGAACGAGCGGGUGCUCCCUCGUGCGAGGGCGGUGAUGUUUUUCCUCCCACCCACUUUUGAGUCCCCCCUCCCCCCUCGCGCGCACUCCAGCUCUCGCCACAACCUGCGAGCCCCAGACCUCAGAGGAGCGCCCCGGGGAGCUCAGAGCGCGCGCAAGCGUGGCAGACGGAGGAGGCCAGUGCCCAGGUCAGUGAGCAGUGCCAGAUGCCUUUCCCUCCACCUCCCUUUCCAGUCUUUGCACAGUGUGAGUACACAGCCCGCUGGAGGUCCUGAACUGCCUUUUGCAGUAACUCAAAGAAGAAAAAAGUGGAAAAUGGGAGGCAUGAAAUAUGUCUUUUCCUUGCUGUUGUUCUUUAUUUUCCUAGAAGGAAGCAAAACAGAGCAAGUAAAACAUUCAGAGACGUAUUGUGUGUUUCAAGACAAGAAAUAUAGAGUUGGUGAGAAAUGGCACCCCUACCUGGAACCUUACGGGCUAGUUUAUUGUGUCAACUGCAUCUGCUCAGAGAAUGGGAAUGUGCUUUGCAGCCGAGUCAGAUGUCCAAGUCUUCAUUGCCUCUCACCCGUGCAUAUCCCUCAUCUCUGCUGCCCCCGUUGCCCAGACAUCAGAUGCCUUGAGAAGUUCAGACCGUGGCUGGAACUGUUGCGCCAUAGCUUCUGGGGGAAAGGAGAAGACUCCUUACCACCAGUGAACAAUAAGGUGACUAGCAAGUCUUGUGAGUACAAUGGGACCACUUACCAACAUGGAGAACUGUUCAUGGCUGAAGGGCUCUUUCAGAACCGGCAACCCAACCAAUGCACCCAGUGUAGCUGUUCGGAGGGGAAUGUGUACUGUGGUCUCAAGACUUGCCCCAAACUGACCUGUGCAUUCCCAGUCUCUGUUCCAGAUUCCUGCUGCCGAGUAUGCAGAGGGGAUGGAGAACUGUCGUGGGAACAUUCUGAUGGUGAUAUCUUCCGGCAACCUGCCAACAGAGAAGCUAGACAUUCUUACCUCCGUUCUCCCUAUGAUCCUCCACCAAGCAGGCAAGCUGGAGGUCUUCCCCGCUUUGCAGGGGGCAGAAGUCACCGGGGAGCUCUUAUAGAUUCCCAGCAAGCAUCAGGGACCAUCGUGCAGAUUGUCAUCAAUAAUAAGCACAAACAUGGACAAGUAUGUGUUUCCAAUGGAAAGACCUAUUCCCAUGGAGAGUCCUGGCACCCAAAUCUCCGGGCAUUUGGCAUUGUGGAAUGUGUGCUAUGCACUUGUAAUGUCACCAAGCAAGAAUGUAAGAAAAUCCACUGCCCCAAUCGGUACCCCUGCAAGUAUCCUCAAAAAAUAGAUGGAAAGUGCUGCAAGGUGUGUCCAGGUAAAAAGACAAAAGAAGAGCUUCCAAGCCAACAUUUUGACAGCAAAGGUUACUUUUGUGGGGAAGAAACAAUGCCUGUUUAUGAAUCUGUAUUCAUGGAGGAUGGAGAGACUACCAGAAAAAUAGCACUGGAGACUGAGAGACCACCUCAAGUAGAGGUGCAUGUUUGGACCAUUCGGAAGGGCAUCCUCCAGCACUUCCACAUUGAGAAGAUCUCUAAGAGAAUGUUUGAGGAUCUCCAUCACUUCAAGCUUGUGACCAGAACAACUUUGAGUCAGUGGAAGAUCUUCACUGAAGGAGAAGCUCAGAUCAGCCAGAUGUGUUCAAGUCGAGUGUGCAGAACAGAGUUGGAAGAUUUGGUCCAGGUGUUGUACCUGGAGCGAUCUGAAAAGGGCCACUGUUAGGCAAAACAGACAGGAUUGGAUAGUGUCAAUCAAGGAAACUCAAGCUGCAGCUGGACUGCCAGCUUACUUUGCUUAAGUCAACAGUGUUCUAAACCCCAAACUCAAAUGCAAUCUAUUACUCAUGCCAGGCACUGCAUACCUUAUAGCAUACCAUGCAGUGGUGUGCCAGCCCUCGAAAGAGACUAGAAUCCCCUUGAAUAAUUUGUGGGAGAAGAAGGGAUAGAACACCCUGGUGCAGCUCAGGUUUCUUUGAAAACCACUUCUAUUCCCAGGUUAAAGAGCAUGAAAAACCCCAGAGUUUCUAUCUAGAAAGUUACUCACAUAAAAGAAAACAGAAUUACUUAGUUGGAGUUGGGUCAUGUAGAGCAAAUGUUUGUACGAAAUACUCUGAAUGUUAGAGUGUCUUUCAUUGCUUAAAAAAUUAACCCUGUGGCUGGAGAUUUACGUUAGUGCUAGAGUACUUGCCUAGCAUACACGGGGCCCUGAGUUCCAUUCUCAGCACUGCAAAGAAGCCCUCACCAUCCAUAUAUA